UUACUCUUUUAUCAGUUCGUUCGUCGCACCCGUUUCGCGCACUUGUCUUCGUUGUUUGUUGUGUUGUGAACUUAUUUCCUCUUUCACCUUUAGCUUUUUGCGGUUAAUUUUUAAUUUUUUUUUUUUGUGCAUCAACGACUACCUAAUUAUAACAUAUUUCAUUUAAUCAAAAUAUGUCUUGUACUUUCCUUGUCGUCUGCUCUCGUUGAUUACAGUGUCCGAUCCGAUACCAUCUUCGUAGUGCGCCCGUUCACCGUUUGUAUACCUUGUUAUACAUCCAAACCGGGUCGUAGUGAAAAGAUUAAAAAAAAACCAGUCCCCGAUAACGACGUAGAUUAUCUUCUGUGGCACCUAUUUGGUGGUUUGAUGUGGAAAAACAGCAAAAGAUGAGUUGGGGAACUGAAUUAUGGGACCAGUACGAUAAUUUAUCGUUUCACACUCAAAAAGGCAUUGAUUUUCUUGAAAGAUAUGGACACUUCAUCCGCGACAGAUGCCUCAUUGAAAUGGAAUAUGCUGGCAAACUCAGGAGAUUGGUUAAAAAUUAUCAACCCAAAAAAAAGGAAGAAGAAGAAUAUCAGUACAGCUCGUGUAAAGCAUUCAAGGCGAUGUUGUGCGAAGUAAACGAUUUGGCAGGUCAACACGAAGUGAUCGCUGAAAAUCUCCAAUCCGACGUCAUCAGGGAAAUCAAUUAUCUAGUGAAGGACAUCAAAGAAGAGAGAAAAAAGUUGCUCCAGGACAGCGCGAAAUAUGUAGCGAUGAUCAACAACCAGGUGGCAUCACUAGAGAGGUCGCGGAAAAACUACGAGAAAGCGUUCAAAGAGGCAGAGAGGGCUCUGGACAACUUUCAGCGGGCCGACGCUGACCUCAACUUGUCCCGUGCUGAAGUUGAAAAACAACGGAUGAACAUGGCCAUCAAAAACCAACACUGUGAAGAGUCGAAAAACGAGUAUGCCAACCAGCUGCAAAAAACCAAUGAGCUUCAGAGCCAACAUUACAAAGCGCUGAUGCCGGAGGUGUUCAGGCAGCUGCAGGAACUCGACGAGAAACGCAUUCGAAACGUCAGACAUUUCAUGGCCCAUUCGGCAGACGUGGAACGCAACGUUUUCCCGAUCAUAAACAAGUGUCUGGACGGCAUCAUAAACGCUGCCAAUCAAGUAAACGAAAAACAAGACACGAUUUUGGUGAUAGAACGGUACAAAUCUGGUUUCGAACCACCCGGAGAUUUCCCGUUCGACGAUUUGAGCCGUGGUGGUGAGUCCACGCCGCUCGUAUUGCCGGGUAGCGGCAACACUUACGUAUCAUCGGGCGUUGGCGCCCACAGGUCCGAAUCGAUGACCGUCAAGGGCACCAUGUCGGCCGGCAAGCUGAAAAAGCGUGUGGGUCUGUUUGCCAUAUUUAGUUCCAACAAGCUAAUGGACGUAUGCAGUUCUGUAAAGAAUAAUCUUUCAUCGUCGGGUGAUAAGGAUGACUAUAGUGAAUUACCGCCAAAUCAGCGUCGAAAAAAGAUUCUUCUAAAACUAGAAGAAAUGCAAGCAAAAUUACAUCAAGAAAUAGCAGCCAAAGACGGUUUAAUGAAAAUGAAAGGAGUAUACGAAUCUAAUCCAGCCCUGGGUGACCCAAUGUCCACAGAAGGUCAACUGAACGAAUGUUCGCAGCGUAUCGAUAAACUCAACUCUGAUAUUGCCAAGUACCAGGGACUUUUACAAGAAGUUGAAUGUAAUGUUAGUCCUGCGGGUAUACGCAAACAUGAGUUAACUGAACAUAAUGGUAUCGGCAAUGGUAGCACUAACAACCUAUCUAAUCACAAUAAUAGGCUAAAUACGUCUGUACCGGAUGGACGAGCUCCUCUUGGAGAAGAUGAAUCUCUGAGCCGGUCAGCAUCUGAUUCCAGUGUUUCUAUACCAGCAGUUGGGUUAAACAAUCGAUACUCUGGCGAGACUGUAAGUCUGGGUGCUUCACGCAAUUCAUUGGCAAAUGAUGAAGAUCCUCCACCAUAUUAUGAUAUUCACGAUUUGCCACCACUAGGAACUUGUACUGCUCUCUAUGCGUUUGAAGCUACAAGCGAAGGAUCAAUACCAAUGUUUGAUGGAGAGCAACUGUUAAUCAUCGAACAAGAUCAAGGAGAUGGAUGGACGCGUGUUAGAAGACAACCUCCCAAUGUUGAGGAAGGUUUUGUACCUACAUCAUACAUCUCAAUACACUCUAGCUGAACAGAGGCAUUCGUUUUAAAUGUUUAUGACACCCUAUGACAUUAAAAUCAAUUGUGUAUAUAUUAAGCUAAAACACCCUAUCCAUAAAUAAUUUUAGACUUAUUAUUUUUUUUUUUUUUUUUUCAUAAGGUUGUGAAAAGUGCCAAUUUUUUAAUGAAAAUGAUAUUUAAUCGGUCCGAGCUCAAGUUGUCAUGUAGGAUUUUUUUAAGUUAGGAAUUUUUUUUUUUAUUAUUAUCAUUACUAUAAUUAUUGCUUUCAGAUAAUCAAAUUUCAUUAACUAAUGUGCAAUUGAAAUGAACCAGUGGCAAACUAUUCAUCUUGCUUGACAUUUUAUUUUUUUAUUUGCGCCACUGUGUUUUAUUAUUGUUUCCCGUCUUAAUCUGUUGAAAGCCAAAACGAAAAUGUUAUAAGUUUUCAACUUAUACAGAGUUUCCGUCCACCAUUAUUUUGUUUUAUUAAUCGUAAGUUCUUUAGUUCCAAAUAUUGUUUUUUUCUUUUUUUUAACGCUGUUUAUAUAUUGGUUUUUUUAUUCAAUUUUCCACCUUUCGACCUGAAUAUUCAAAUAACAUAAGUAACAAUUUUGUCAAUUAAUCAUCUAUUUGUGUAUUUUUUUAAAACAGAUUUCUAAUAUUUGAACUUGAAAAGUAGGUUGUGUUCUUUCAAACUUAUUAUAAAUACCAGAUGAGUGUUAUUUCUAUAUAUAAUAUAUACUUAUAUGUAUGUAAUAGUUAAAAAUGAAUUAUGUAUAUUUUUUUAAUAUAAGUUAUACUAAAAAUAAUAAUAAAACCAUUAAGUUAUUAUUCAAUGAAAUAAAGUAAAAUAAUAAUAUUUACGAAACAUAAGCGAACAAAAUUAACAAACAGACAACACUUUUAUGAGUUGUUGCAUUGAUUAUAAAUACUAUUCUAAUGCUAUACUAUUUAUAAUCAAUGAUAGUUAUAAUUUUUUUUUAUUAUUAUUAUUAUUUAUAUUAUCCUAAUACAUAUAACCAGCAUUUUUCAUUUAAUCCCAUUUCUAUACUAAUAGUGUAUCGUGUAUCAGUAUAGUCUGAUUUGUACAAUAUAUAUAUAUUAUAUAUUAUAUUAUAUUAAAAUGCCUUAAAAACAUAUCACUAUUUAUUGUUUCAAUACAUUGAUUAUUAAACUUUACACUACUAAGUACUAACCAUAUGUAAAAAGAAAAUAAUUACUAUGAUUAUUAUUUGUUAUUUAUUAAACUGUUUAAAAAUUAUAAUGGAUACAUUUCCUUAUUUUUUUUUUUUCAAAUGUUAGAUCAGUGGAAAAUUUUAAAAUAGAAUCUAUUGUUAUUUCCAGAAAUCUUGACACUAUUGGAAUAUGAAAAAUGUACUAAGUUAUGUUUCCAUAAUAUGGAUAUUAAUUGAUAUAAUUAAUAUAUUAUAUCAAAAAAAUAAUGCAAUCAGCCAGUAGCUAGACUGUCAGAAAGCCUUACGUCAUUUUUCUUUACUUAUCUUCAACUUUAUUAUUUGAUAACUUUAAACAAAAACAGUUGACGUAAUGUCAUUUGACAGUGUGUUAACACGACGUAUCAAUUGUUAACAAUGUGUUUGUAUUGUUAUUUUAUAAAUUAUUGUUGUUUUUAUUUUUUUACGAAACAUUUUUGAUAUUAAGUACUUAUAUUUUGAAUGGCAUUACAAUUAUAUUACCUAACACUUCUACAUGAAAAUUUAAUAUAGAAUAACAGUUAUCUGUCCUCGUUUAACUAAAUUUUUCAAUAAUUUUGUUCUUGUUUUAAAAAAAUUUUUAUUUUAUUUAAGGCUGCUGACAAAAUCUACACAAAAUUAUAGAUUGAUCCCUUAGACAAAAUUUACAGAGUGAAAUAAAAAAGAAGAAAGUGUUUAAAUAAUCUGUUAUAGCUGAAUAUAUCUAACAAUUACUAUUUAAGACCUAAUUCCAUCUAUGUGAUCGAAACUAAAAUGUUGAGACUACUAGAGUCGUGGAUAACUUGUGUAAGAUAAUAUUGUAAAAAUUAUAUAAUAAGAGUAAUAUUUGGUAUACAUAUAAAUUAUGUUUUAUGUAUAAAGUGUAUUAAUAUAAUAUCAUUUUUAAUGAUAA